AUGGGGUGGCUUCCCUGGUCUUCUGGCGAGAGCAACAAAGCUUCCGAUGGCGGCCGCAUCGCCCCGGACCGAGGAAGUCGCAAGCGCUGCUGGGACGGCCGAGACCUUUUCUUCGCCUGCCUGGACCGGAAUGAUAUCCUAGAUGCCAUCAAGGAUGACAAGGAGGCACGACGCAAGUGCGCGAAGGAAGUGGAAGAGUUCGAAGCGGCCUGCUCCUCGACUUGGGUGAAAUACUUCAAGGAAAAGCGCGUGAUGGAAUACAACCGAGAUCAAACAAUUGCCCGGAUCAAGAAGGAGGACGCGGCGACUGUGCAAGAAUUGAAGUCGCAGGGCUGGAAUUCUAAAUAG